GACGUUGGAAACCUCACAUGGCCAAACUACUACAAUCGCCACCCAAGUUCCUACUCGCAGAAUGGCACAUUGCUAACAAGAGCCAGUACCAUAGAGCAGAGGCCCAAAGGUGCCAAUCCGAACGUGUGGUGGCAGAAAGCCAUAGGCUUGUGGAUGAAAUUGAAAAGACCACAAAAAAGUCUCAAAGUGAUGUGAACAAGAAACUAGAACAGAGACUUGAGGAAGUCAGGUUCUGGAAGAAGGAGUUAGAUGACAAACUCGAGCAGCUUGUGUAUGAGACCGAGGAUCUACUCACACGUAAGACCAGAUUAGAAAAAGCCCUGGAGAACUUAAAAGAGCCCUUGCACAUCACGGAGACAUGCCUGGCCUACAGGGAGAAGCGCAUUGGGAUCGACCUGGUGCAUGACGAGGUGGAACAGGAGCUGAUGAAGGAGGCUGAGAUCAUCCGGGGCGUAGUGGCCCUGCUGACGCGCACCUUGGAGGAGGCGGCCGAGCAGAUCAGGCUGAACCGCUCUGCCAAGUAUAAUCUUGAAAAGGAUUUGAAGGACAAGUUUGUGGCUUUGACUAUUGAUGAUAUCUGCUUCUCACUCAACAACAACUCCCCAAACAUCAAAUACGCAGAGGAUGUUGUAAGGAUUGAACCAAACUCUGUGAGUCUAGAAGACUGGUUGGAUUUCUCCAACACAAAUGUGGAGAAGGCUGACAAGCAGCGGAACAACUCGCUGACGCUGAAGGCCCUGGUGGACCGGAUCCUGUCCCAGACGAUCAGCGACCUGCGAAAGCAGUGUGAUGUGGUGGACACGGCAUUCAGGACCAGGCUGAAGGAUAUCAAGGAUGCCAGGGACAAGCUGGCAGUUCAUCUAGCCAAGGUCAUGGAAGAGAUUGCUGCUCAGGAGAAAAAUAUUACAGCUCUUGAAAAAGCUAUUCUUGACCAAGAAGGGCCUGCCAAGGUAGCCCAUACGCGUCUGGAGAACAGGACACAUCGGCCUAACGUGGAGCUGUGUCGCGAUGUCGCACAGUACAGGCUGCUCAAGGAGGUUCAAGAGAUCACCCACAAUGUUGCAAGAUUAAAAGAAACCUUGGCCCAAGCUCAGGUGGAGCUGAACGGGCUGUAUCGCCGACAGCUGGCCUUGCAGGAGGAAAUCCAGGUCAAAGAGAACACCAUCUACAUUGAUGAAGUGCUGUGCAUGGAGAUGAGGAAGUCCAUUCCCCAGUGGGAGGAUGACAGUGGGGGCUGGGCCAGGAGCAUCUGCCCUGGGCUAUCUGCUAAAUAGUAGGACGGGGUCUGAUUCUCAUUAAACCACAUCAUAAAACAGUA